UAUUUAGUCAUUUCACAAAACCUGUACAAAAUAACAUAUACAGACGAGAGUUGUGAUAAAGUAAUACAAGGAAUAGCGAGAUUAAGAGAGUGUUUACAUCUAAUACAGAAGCUUUAAUGAUGUGUUCAAACAAAAUAAUAGUGUUUAUUCAUUGAAAAAUUUGUUUUAAGUCUGAUUGAUAAUAUGCUACACUACCUACUUCUUAGCCAAAAGUAGUCUUGGAUACAUUCAAUGUUUAGCUGAGUUUUAACAGAAAACAAUACUUGUUCAAUACGCUUAAAAUCGUUAUUCUGAUACCUUACGUUUUGCUUCGUCAUCUCAACGACAGAAGUGGUGGCUGUGUCUGCUCUAGAUGUAGGACAAGAAAAAUAUACAUACGAAAUAAAAACUUACGUGAAGGAAAAUACAUUUUUACAUGAUCCGAUCCAGUUAGUACUUGAAACAAUUGUAAAAUGGUUGAGCGUUUGUCAUUGGGCGUGGUAUACUACGGACUUGUAGCUCUGUUGACACUUCAUAUAGGAGAAACUUUUCAAGCAAGAACUAUCGAUGACAAUUCUUACACAAACCAUUUUAGGCGGAAAAGACAGGUUAACUGUGAAGAAAAAUACAGAGUUAUCACAUCCAGACAUACUGCUUGCUUGCCGCCGUCAAGUAAAUUUAUUGCUAGAAAUGCAGGUGUAACGGAAAAAGAGAAGAAAGUAAUCGUAGAUAUACAUAAUACAGUGCGACGGGAAGUUUCGCCACCAGCAAGAAAUAUGAUGUUAAUGUCCUGGGAUGAGGAAAUAGCGAAUACAGCACAGAGAUGGGCGGAAAACUGCAACAUAAAUCAUGACAGCAACUACAAAAGAUAUGCUUUUGGUCGAUUCUCAGUUGGUCAAAACUUGGCCUGGGGCUCUUGGUCUAUGGGCUGGACUGACUCAAUAAAACUUUGGGCUGAUGAGAAAAAAGACUAUAGUUACAGUAUGAACGGAAGCCCGACGAGAAAGGCAGUCGGCCAUUAUACACAAAUGGUAUGGGCAACAAGUAUAAAAGUAGGCUGCGGGUAUGCAAUAUGCGGAUCAACACAUUACUACGUAUGUAAUUAUGGCCCAGGCGGUAACAGUAAUGGUGUAAGACCCUAUUUGUCUGGUACCACCUGCCAAGAUUGUCCAAAUACCUGUAGAAAUGGUCUCUGUGAUUGUGGAAGUACUGUUUGUCUUAACGGAGGGAAGAUGAAUCCAAAUACUUGCACUUGUACAUGUACAGAGAAACUGGAUUUCUACAUACCUCCUUAUUGCGGCUUGAACUGCACAGACACAAAAGAUCCUUUUUACUGUCUACAACAGUGGGGUACACAAAGUUGUGAAAGAUUUUCAAAUGUACCUCAACAAUGUCCUAAUAUGUGCAAGUGGUGUCCAACUGCUGCUUACAAACCGAAAGAUGUCAGUGCUGCCACACGGUCUGAGGGUUCUUCUGUUGGACUGACUUUGAUUGUUAUCAUACUGUUUUUAAUAUGAAAUCUCACAAUGAGUAAAAUAUAGCCGUUAAUAUAUCAUUAUGCAACAAUUUGACAGGGUACAAUGACCUUCCAUGACGUUCUUUUGUAAACAGUUCUAAAGUCAAUUUGUAGCAAGGUUUUGAAACAGCAUUUUGAAAUAAUUAAUUCAAAUCCACACGUAUGUGAUUAGUUACUGACUUAAUUUGGAUAUUUAUGGGUUUAAAAAGUAAGUUACUAUGCAUAAGGAUUCCGAAGCCAGAGCAGUCAAAAUCUUAAACUGUAAUAUCAAGUCUAAGACAACAAUUAUAUUUAUCAUAUGUUCCUUGAUGACCCGAUGCAAUAGUACAAUUUUAUCUGCAUUCGAAACCGGAAAAAAUAAGUGCGCUAAAAAGAACUAUUCAAGAGAAAAAAAAUCCAGCCCCAAUAAAUAUGGAUUCAGCGAGAUUUUUUAUCCGCCAUCUUUAACCAGAUCACACACAUGCGUAUAAAGAAUUGUCUCUUUUAACACCAUUUAGUGCUAAUGCAUAUCAUAACCCACGUUUUGUGCCUAUAGUCGCCAAUGUUCCUAUUUCUUUUUAUCCCACUGAUCUACUCUUAUUGUAAUACUUCUGUGAAACGCUUUUGAACGUGUAGAUACAUGGAAAUGUAUUACAAUGAUAAUAAAAAUAAUAAUAAUGAUAAUAAUGAUAAUGAUAAUAAUAUUUAUUUGAAGAAUAUUAUAUGCAGUUCUGUUAUUUUUUCUGAGAUAUACAGUGUUGUAUUUUUGUAAUAAAAAUGAAAUACA